AUGAAAUAUUUAUUUGUUUAUUUAAAUUAUUUAGCAACAAUUGAUGUAACUUUAUUUCAUCAAUAUUUUUUUAAUUGUUCAAUAGUUGAAAUUGAAGGACGAACAUUUGAUGUUCGCGAAUAUUUUCUUGAAGCUAUAAUUCAAUUACUUAAUUUUCAACAAACAAAUUCCAAUUUAAUAAGUCGAAAACAAAAUAAUAAAAAUCGUCAAUUACAAGAUGAUGAUGAUGAUCUUGGAUAUGAAGAUUCACAAGCUGAUGAUACUGAGAAUGUUAAUUGUAAUGCAAUAUGUGGGAAACAAUAUUCACCUCAAACUGCAUCAACAAUGAGUCAAUUAACUGAUUUUCGAUUUCUUCCAUUACAUUCUCAAUUAUCACGUAAUGAACAACAUCGUGCAUUUGAACGUGUUCCAUCUGGUGUAAAAAAAAUAAUUCUUUCAACAAAUAUAGCUGAAUCAAGUGUAACAAUUGAUGAUGUUGUUUAUGUUGUUGAUAGUUGUAAAGUUAAACAAAAGUUAUUUUCAUCACGUAAUAAUAUGACAAAUUAUGUUACUGUUUGGGCAUCAAAAACAAAUUUAACACAACGACGUGGUCGUGCUGGUCGUACAAGAUCGGGUUGUUGUUUUUAUUUAUGUUCAAAAGCACGUUAUGAACAUUUAGAUAAUUAUUUAUUACCAGAAAUAUUUCGUACACCAUUACAUGAACUUGCAUUAGCAAUAAAAUUAUUAAAAUUGGGCGAUAUUAAAGCAUUUUUAUCUAAAGCUAUUGAACAACCACCAAUGGAUGCUAUUGCUGAAGCUGAAUUUACACUUAAACGUAAAAUUUAUUUAUAUUAA